ACAAGUCGUUCCGAGAUUAACCGUGAACACCUUGAAAGUUCCAUACCUUUGGAGUUACAAUACGCUUGUCUUUAUUGGGUGCAUCACUUUUGCCGCCAUCACGAGGUGCAUCACCAGACUAAGCCCGAUCCAGAGCGUAAGGCAGUGGACAACCAAAAAAUUCAUAACUUUUUGCAAACUCAUUUACUUCAUUGGAUUGAAGUACUGGCUCUACUGGGAGAGUCUAGAAGUAUUCUCAUCAAUCUUGAAUCUUUGGCAAGCUGGCUAGAGGCUAUUGACUCUCAAGAAUCGUUCUCUUUUGUCAAGGAUGCCAUUCGGUUGAUGAGAAGAAGCAUUCCAAUAAUAGAUGAAGCCCCGUUGCAGAUCUAUUCUUCAGUCUUGGUGUUUGCCCCGCGUCAGAGCCUUGUCCGCCAGUCAUUUGAGACAAAUAUACCAAGCUGGCUCUCACUCUGGCCGCAGGUACAAGAGAAUUGGAACUCAUGUCAAACGAUCAUUGACUCCGAAAGCGUAGGGUUUUUGGCAAUUUCACACGAUUCGAUAAAGAUCGCAUCAUCCGACAACUCGAGCAGUGGAAUAAUUCAAAUUUGGGAUAUGAAUACAGGUCUCUUGGAAGUCACUUUGAACGACCACUCCGAUUUUGUGAGCUCAUUGGCAUUUUCUCAUGAUUCACAAUUCUUGGCCUCAACUUCUCGGGACAAAACAAUUCGAAUUUGGGUUAUUCGGACAGGGCAGUGCAAGCAGGUACUGGAUCACCCUGGCGAAGUCGCCUCGGUAGCAUUUUUACACGAUUCAAAAAGGGUUGUGUCGGCCUGUUGGGACACCAAUUUACGAAUUUGGAACCUCCAAACAGGGGAUUGUGAGCAGAUAUUGGAGGACCAUAGUGGAAUGGUUAUGACGGUGGUGUUCUCGCGAGACUUGGAUAAGAUUUUAUCGGCAUCCUAUGAUGAUACUAUACGAAUCUGGAACGCGCAGACAGGUACAUGUGAGCGAGUUUUGGAAAAGAUCGAAAAUUGGGUAGUAUCAAUGAUGUUUUCACAUGACUUCAAAAUGAUCACAUCCCCUGCUCACGACCACAUCAUACGGAUCUGGAACUUGCAAACAGGACAGUUGGAUCGUGAAAUUGAGAGCACACGAUUAUCUACAGAGCCUGGUUCAGUCGCAUUCUCGCCAGACUCAAAGCUGCUAGCAACAGCUCACACCGAUGACAUUGUCCGGAUCUGGAGUACAAAGACUUGGAAAUGCGAGCGGGUUUUGAAGGGCCACAGCUCAAGUAUUACAUCAGUCGUCUUCUCGCAUGACUCGAAAUUGCUUAUAUCAGGCUCGCAUGAUGAGACAAUUCGAAUCUGGGAGAUGGAGUAUAAAGGGUUCAGUGACCACGAAACUGUAGAGAGUCAUACCUCUGGAAUACGUUCGAUGACAUUCUCAAAUGACUCGAGAAUGUUAGCGUCAGCGUCAUUCGACGACACAGCCCGUAUAUGGAGCUCGCAAACAGGGAUCUGCAAACAGACGAUUCCAACUAGCAGUGGACACAGACUCAACCAACACAGUGAUUACAUUGCAUCGAUAGUGUUUUCUCAUGAUUCAAAGUUACUGGCAUCUGGCUCCCAUGACAAAACAAUCCGAGUAUGGAAUACGCAGACUGGAAAGUGUGAAGACGUGCUAGAGGGCCACAGUGACUAUGUUCCAUCUGUGGCAUUUUCGCAUGACUCGCAAAUGAUGGCUUCGGCAUCUGCCGACAAGACUGUACGGAUCUGGAAUAUGCAAACAAGAAAAUGCAUACAGCUACUGGAAGGCCAUAGUGCAGAUAUUACAUCCAUGAUAUUCUCCCACGAUUCACAGAUGAUAGCGUCAAUCUCUCGAGAUAUGACAGCGAGGAUCUGGGAUACAGAGACUGCGGAAUGCCUGGAGAUUCUUCCUGUGCAUACGUCCUCAGUCUCAUAUGGUCGUUGCGAGCCUUACAAUUGGAGCCUCAUCAUCAACCACAACACAUCUAAAUUUGCCGACCAAUUCUCAUCUUUAGAAGGAUCCGACGGCUCUUUUCAGGAGACAAAGAACCUUAAACUUGGCUUGCGUGACACCCGUUGGAUCACGCUUGAGGGCAGAGAUAUGCUUUGUCUUCCAGCAGAAUUUCGUCAGUUCGGCCAAAAGAUCGCCACCUUGCCAAAUUCAGUCG